AUGAUUGAAAACCGCGGCCCAGAGCUCCUAGGCGUCAACAUCUUCUUCGUCUCGGCGGCGGUAUUGGCCACUGCGUUGCGAUGCUACGUCCGGGCUGGCCUGGUCAAGGCUUUUGGAACGGAUGACUGGCUGAUGGUCUUGGCUUUGGCCUGCUUCAUAUGCUACUCGACCUUCUCGAUAUUCGGCGUCCACUAUGGCACCGGAAGGCACUUCGUGGAUAUCGAAGAUGACCAUAUCACCAAAGCACUAGAGUGCUGGUGGUUCUGCUACCUCUUCUACUCCCUUAGCAUGAUCGUCUCAAAGAUGUCCAUCGGAUUCUUCCUCUUGCGAAUCACGACCCGAAGGCUCCACAGCUGGAUCGUCUAUAUGGCCAUGAUGUUCACAGUCCUGGCUGGAAUCGUCUUCUUCUUCGUGACGCUUUUCCAGUGCCAUCCGAUCUCGUUUUUUUGGAACAAGAGCCAGCCGGGAAGCUGCAUCGAUGUCAACAUUGUCAUUGCCUUGGCAUACUUGUACAGUGCCUUCAGUGUCAUAUCCGAUUUGACAUUUGCCAUUCUCCCAGCCUUUCUGGUUUGGAAUCUCCAAAUGCGGAAGAAGACGAAGUUCGCUUUGAUUCCAUUGUUGAUCAUGGGCUGCGUUGCUAGCUCAGCUGUCUUGGUUCGCUUCGGAUACCUCAUGGGCCUCAAAGAUGCCGACUUCCUAUGGUCCACCCUCGACAUCGCCAUCUGGUCAUCCGUAGAACAAGGCCUUGCAAUCACCGCUGGCAGCCUCGCGACGCUUCGCCCGCUUCUCAAAGCCAUCGGCUUCAAGCUAGGAAUGUCCUCAGACCCAUACUCGCAUCGUGUCACCGACGACGCAGCUCGUCGACCGUCGGCCUUCGCUACCACAACAUUUGCCAAGUCCAGCAGCGGCGACUUCGGGAAAGAGGUCGAGUAUGGGAUUCUCAGCGAGAGCAAGCAAAGGUAA